AUGGCCGCCCCAGCUCAACCCGCCCUUCCCGAGGAGCAAUUGGAAGUCCUCACUGCGCUUGCUCGUUCCCCUGCUGGACAGUACUUUAGUCCCUCGCUGGCAGACGCCUACCUACGCUCGCUCGAGUCGUAUGCUACCAACAACGGCUUUGUGCAGCCCGCACCGAACACAGGACAUCGCAUCUACGCCGUCGCAAACGGCGCGAACGGUGCUCGUGUUGCCUCUGCCGCGGAGGCUCAGGCUGACAUCGUUGGGCACCCGGGUGGCGCGCUCAAAGGCUUCACGACUCCGGCGCAAGCGCGCGCAUUCCUGGACGUGAUCACUUAUCUCCGCACUAUGCCUACUAUCUCGAACGCGGAGGCGACUUUGCGCGCUGCGCGUAUGGCUUACACCAACUCGCUCGCACGUCUGACCGUCGCCGGCAACAAGGUACUGCCCAUGCACCCGGUGACCGCGCUUCCGUACAGCGUCAAGGUCACGCCCAUGGAAGUGCCUGCGUUCGUACAUACCCCUCACCGCACCGCCAUUGUGCUCGCGAACCAUCUCGUUGAGAUUAACUUUCACAGCCUCGAGCCGCUUAGCGACCCCUCUGCGGUGUAUCCGUUCGAGUCCAAUAGCCGUGGCAGUGCGCAGCCAGUGACGGCUGAGCGUGACUCGGUCGUGUACUCAACAUCUAACGGUGUCGAGGUUUUCGCCGAGACGAAGGACGGUGCUCUGAGCCGCGUUGUGCCACACAGCACUGUCAUGCUCGACGACGGCACGGCAUUCCCUGCCUACAACCCUCUCGUCCCCGUCGCACCGCUUCCUGACCAAGGCCUCACCACUGACACCUUAUUCUGGGUUGUCCUUCAAGGCCGCCAGGUUGGCAUCUUCCACGCCACAUCGGACGAGAUCCGUGCCAUGUUGCCCGACGAUGCAUCCGUUGCGAAGGGCUUCAUGACUCUGGAGGAGGCGUCGGCAUUUUGGCAUUACGAGCUCCGGGAGCACUGGCCGCUUGCGGAAGUUACGGAGGCUCCCCACAUCGAGGAGCAGGCGGUCGAGGCGCUCCAGAACGUCGAGGGCCACGCACCACAGCUUGUUGGUGAACUUAUCACCGCGCUUGCUCAUUAG